GGCGCAAGAUGCAUCGCUCGGGUCGGACCCCGCUACGUCGUCAAGUUUGGGACCAAUGUCGAUCCGACUGAAGGCGAAAACAUGACUUUCGUGCGCCAGAACGCUCCAGGGGUCCCCGUACCUACAGUCUAUGCCAUCUACAAGCGCGAGGUGACACCGCACACAAACAUCACCUACAUCAUCAUGGAAGAUGUCUCCGGCCACACCACCCUGGACGAGCUGUGGGAUAAAAUAAGCCCAGACCAAAAGCUUGCCGUCUGCGCCCGGUUGCGCGAAGCCUUCGACUCGCUGCGCGCGACACAGGGCUUGGGCUACUUUGGGAGCGUUAAUAUGACCAAGUGUCGAGAUGAUAUCUUUUGGGCAGACGAGCCAAUUCUCCAAGAUCGCGGAGUUCUCAACACCGAAGCCGACUUCGUCCAAGCUGUGAUUGACAAGUACACGGUCUACUGUAGCAGAUCUGAACCGCACAAGGUCGACUACUACCGUCAAGUCCUCCCAACUGCUCUCCGAGGGACCAACGAGUCCGUCUUUACUCACAAUGAUCUACGACGCAAAAACAUCUUGAUCCGCGAAGACGGCACCAUGGUCAUCUUGGGUUGGGCGGCCGCCGGCUGGUAUCCCGCCUACUGGGACUACACCAAGGCCAUGCACCUUUGCGACUGGCAAGACGACUGGCACGACUACAUUGGCGAGAUUCUCGAAGAGUUCCCCAACCAGUAUCCGUGGAUGAGCAUGCUGCGCACCGGGUUGUGG